AUGGCAUUCACGGGCACCAAUGCCUUCGGCAAUCUUGAUUAUACGGCACAGGUUGCCGGUACGUCGACGAACUCUCUUACUCAACACCGUGAACGGCGGGAUGACGCAACCUCCACAAGUCCUCAGUCGUUGCCCGAUCGCGUCUCCCGCGAAGAUGGCAGCAGCCGCGCUCAAGACGUAAUCGAGAAUGCUGCGAGCGACACUGCUACCGCCACUCCUAACGAGGAUAAAGGCGCCGAUGCCACAAGGGACGAUGACGCUAAGGAUUUGGAGCGGAGGGAUAGCCUAGUUCAGGAGCUGGCACAUUUCAACGGCAGUGUAUUCGCAGCUCACGACCCCGAUUCCCCCCUGAACCCCAACUGCUUCAAGUUCAACGCUCGCGCGUGGGCCAAGGCUCUCGUCAACUUGGUAGCAGCUGAUGGGGUGUCUUUCCGAACCAGUGGCGUCUGCUUUCAGGAUUUGAAUGUCUUCGGUUACAGUGCCGGUACUGACUACCAGAAAGACGUGGCCAACGUGUGGUUGGAGGCUACCGGCUUGGUCCGCAGAGUUAUCGGCUAUGGGAGGCGUCGUAUCGAUAUCCUUCGCAAUUUUGACGGCGUUCUCCACAAGGGCGAGAUGCUCGUGGUUCUCGGUCCUUCUGGUGCUGGCUGCACUACACUGCUGAAAACCAUUGCUGCUAUACGAAAAACACGAGGGUCGGCUCCACAGAGCGCGUACGAUCUCUUCGACAAGGCUUUGGUCCUCUACGAGGGCCGGAAAAUAUUCUUUGGUCGAGCUCAUGCCGCUCGUCAGUACUUUAUCGACUUAGGGUUCGAGUGUCCUGCUCGUCAGACAUCCCCGGAUUUCUUGACCUCUAUGACGAGUCCGCAGGAACGCAUAAUACGACCUGGGUUUGAAGACAGUGCACCUAGGACUCCGGAUGAAUUUGCUACGGCAUGGAGAAAUAGUGCUGCCCACAGGGCAUUGCGGACUGAAAUCGAAGAGUACAAAAUUGCCCACCCUCUCAAUGGAUCUGAUGCCGAGGCCUUUCAGCAGGCCAAGGGACAAAGGGCCAAGUCCCCCUACACACUAUCGUAUCCCCAGCAGAUCGGCCUGUGUCUCUGGCGCGCAUAUCGACGUCUUAUAGGCGACCCAUCUCUCACGGUCGGUCAGUUGACUGCCAAUAUCAUUAUGGGGUUAAUCGUCUCCUCUGUAUACUAUAACCUCCAACUCACUACAGGAAGCUUUUUCUAG